AGUCACGUAGAUGGAUCGAUGUAUCCCUUCAAGCAAUAGAUUCGAAGAAGAGAGAGAGAGCGAAGCACAUGCUUCUAUUGAUAUUUUUCAUCGACCUCCUCUUCUGGAGAGAAAGAGAAUACCCACACAACCAAAAAAUCAUGGUCUUCUACGAAAGUUGUGUGAUGUUUAAUAGUCGUUGCUCUGCCAGCGAGAUGCAGCAGUGCUUUAGGCGGAUGGCAUCCAUAGUGGCGGAAAACCGAGGCCAGAUGUUGCGGAUCCAAGACCUCGGAUGGAGGAGUACUGCUUACCCUGUGAGCAAACCGAGAGUUGGGAUAUUUUUCUUAUGAAGUUCGUUGAACUAUAUUAACUGGAAGAUCUGAAAAUGAAAUUGAUGAUGAUAAAUUAGAUUUAGAAUUUUUACUUAUAACAAAAUAAAAUAAAUGUGAGACUUCUGAAGCAGGUUCUACAACAAACCAACUUACCUCGAUUUUCUUCUACUUCACAUCUGCUCCUACUUUUAGAUAGAGGGAGGUCAACAUUCCGCGGCUGCUGUCCAUGAUGAUCGAUGUCCAUUCCCUACCCUCUAAUCCCUCAUGGCCGGUGGUUUUCUGUGAUGUUUGGGACUCAUCCACGUGCGAUCCAGCAAUUAGAGGAGUUCUGGAACCACAACAGUAUCCUUUUGCGUCAUCACACAGAGAAGACGGACUUCUUCAAGGGCUACGCACAUCGGACGAGCUAUUACCCAACGAAGGACGCAACUUGGGGUUACAAUGUGGAAAAUUGGGAUGCGCAAGGGGUGGUGGAUGAGAGAGGGCUGCCGAAAAUAUAGUGACAACUAUUUAUUUGAUUUUUAUAGAUAUAUGAUUACUUCUACAUAAAAAUUGCGAUUCAUCUCUUGUUUUGAUGCUCUUAAGUAGUAAAAACCGAGAAGUAUGUGGUAAGCAGGAUUAAACAUGUCACAGGACCUACGAGAGCUGACGAUGCCGAAGGAGAGCGAGAGGAAAAUUUGAGGGGGUCGUAAUAUAUGGCUGGCGACACGAAAAGAAGCUAGCGAGGAGAGGGCAUGAUCAGAUUGACGUGCGAAGGGUUUUUUCCUGUAUGUAAGUUUCCUGAAACGAGGACGAGC